ACAACGUUUUCUCCCCCCAUGGGAUCAGUUAUAAAACAAGUGGCAAUGCAACGAGCAGCUUACUUUCUUGGUCUUAACCAGUGAAACGUAGGCUUACAAAAGGCUUGCAAACAUUUUCUGAAAAGAACACAGGGUGGCUUGUUCAACUCUAUAUGGUCAAUCGCUGCGUUUCUGUGGGAGCAGAGGAGCAGGUUGGUUAGUGAAGUGGAACACAUCUUCCAUUGACUCCCUGAGAAAGGCACCUGAGGCCCUGAAGUUGGAACACAGAAGCUGCAGCCUGACUGGGGAAUGCUGUCAGAAGGAUAUCUCAGUGGACUUGCCUAUUGGAACGACAUCCACUGGAACUGUGCAUCUCAUAAUGAGCAAGUGGCUGAAGAAAAAGAAGAGGAGACAAACGCUGAUGCUGUCCUUUCCUAUUCCUCUGUGGAUGAAACACAGGUCAGAAGUCUGUAUGUGAGCUGCAAAUCCUCUAGUAAGUUUAUUUCUUCAGUGCAUUCAAGAGACAGCCAACACAGCAGAAACCAGAGAGUCACAGUGCUGCAGACAAAUCCCAAUCCUGUGUUUCAAAGGCCAACCUUGACCACAGUUGAAAUAUGUAGAGACCACAGUACCAGCAGAGAAACUUACUUGGUGCCACCUUCCUGCAAAAGUAUUUGCAAGAAUUACAAUGACUUACAUAUUGCAGGGGGCCAGGUGAUGGCCAUUAAUUCAGUGACAACAGAUUUUCCCUCCGAGAGCAGUUUUGAAUACGGCCCUUUGCUGAAGUCAUCUGAGAUUCCUUUGCCCAUGGAGGAUUCUAUUUCCACUCAGCUCAGUGACUUUCCCCCAAAACCUAUCCAGCGCUACUCAUCCUACUGGAGAAUAACCAGCAUCAAAGAAAAAAGCAGCCUGCAAAUGCAGAAGCCUAUUUCAAAUGCAAUGCUGAAUGAGUACCUGGAGCAGAAGGUGGUAGAGUUAUACAAGCAAUACAUUAUGGACACGGUGUUUCAUGACAGUUCUCCUACCCAGAUUCUGGCGUCUGAACUCAUCAUGACAAGUGUGGACCAAAUUAGUCUUCAAGUGUCUAGAGAGAAGAACCUGGAGACAUCAAAAGCCAGGGAUAUAGUCAUUAGCCGCCUGUUGCAGUUGGUGUCAAGUGAAAUCAGCACUCCUAGUCUCCAUAUUUCUCAGUAUAGCAAUAUGAAUCCGUAGAGGGGAUGUUUCCACUCUUCUCUCUCAGCUACUCAAACCCAAAGCAACACUUUAUUACAUUUAUUCUGAGAAAGUGCAGGUUGUGAAGGGAAGUCAAGAGCUAGAGAAGUAAUGUUGGCUGGAAAUCAGGUGUGAAUUAAGGGGAAAGCUGACAAUAUUACACCUGAUGAAGGAACGUGGGAAGAGGAGCUAUGAAGAAUUAUUUCAAAGAGAGGGUUGUACAGCAAAUUAAGCAAAAAUAAAAACGAUCAAAAAAGAAAAGGUUAUGACUCAUUUAAAGGGGUAUAGAAAUUGAAAAAGAAGAAAAAAAAAUUAGCCAAAUAAGAAGGAAACACACCAAUGGCAAAACUAAAAAGUCAAAAGGUUUCAGGGUAAAUAGUCAAGAAUAUGUAUGUUACCCAGAUACAUUCCUCCAAUUUGCUUCUCCUCUGGAGAAAAGGACUGUGGGAGGCUGUUACCUUUGGGUAGAAAGACAGGUUCAAACAUUUUCUAAAAUAUAUGUUUAUAUUUUUUCUCCAGUAGACCCCUUAAAAAUACAGCUCUGUAAAAUUAAAAGUGAAGCAAAUUGCAA